GCAGGCGACACGACAGAAGAGGUAUUUUUGGAGCACUGUAAGUAUCAAUGAAGGUUGUCAAUGGUUAGUCGUACUGUAGCUUAUGAUCUACUAGCUGUAUGUCCUUCUACACUGCCACUGCGUAGAUGCUACAAGUUGAGGUCGUGCUGUUUCGCCUUGUCCUAUCUAUAAUUAAUGAUACUAGAAAUACAAGUGAUAAUUAAUGAAGAUCAAGAUUUUUUUACCUCUAUGUCCAAUACCAUAGAUAAUUAAUGAUCAUCUUUGAUGAGUAGUUUAUUGUAGGUGGCUAGAUCGAUUUUCUAAAACCACGAUUUUUAUAGUCAACAUCAUACAGAAACUCGAUAAAAGAAACACAAAUAGAAGUAGAAUCAGCAUCAUAUUAAAAGAAUGAUUGUGUUACUUCUUCUUGGAUUUCUUGAAUACAGUGAUAGUUUUUGCUUAUCUCGGUGGAAGGUGAGUCCAUAAUUCUUAUCCUAUUGAUUCUAUCCUAUCACACGGAAGACAUACACAAAAAAAAUGACGAUGUUCAUAGGCCGUGAAGGCCAUCGUCCUAAAAAUGGACCUAGGAUGAUCGCCCCUGCGUUCGAGGAAAUAAGUCUGAGCAGCUCGUCUGGUACUAGUGAUCAGGAGCAGUCAGAUUCUGAUUCUUCAGUUUCAGGCUCACAAGAAUAUGGGGAGCAGCUCUCAGGGAAAAGAAGAAAGUGCUGUUGUAAAAAGGGUACUAAGUCGUGUACUAAGACGAGGUGCUUUGGGAAAAGAAGCAAGCUUUCUACGGCUACGAAGGUGUUGAUAACGAUUUCUGUGGUGGUCUUCAUUGGAGGCAUUGUUGCGGUAGUGAUUUUCAUCUUCAAGAAAAGAGAUGAUGAGAACGGCAGUGGUUCCAUCCACAUAUCUGACUCGCGAAAACGACGUACCAAAUACGACAUCACUAACUUGGUGUGGCCACUGGAAUUCGAAGGUGGCAGGAAAAACCGUCGAGCGGGAGCAUCUUCAUCCUCGAGCGGAGAUGUGUACUACCAUUAAGGCCUAGACAGUAUUAAGUGUCCGACAAUAAUACUAAUACUCAUACAUCUGGGGAACCACUUAAUAAAAUAAUAUAAUUAUUAGUAAUUCAUCACGUCGUCUCUACGUCUACGGUCAUCAUAAACGACGGUAACGGGGACAACAGCACGCAACUCAUCUAGAGAAGCAUCUUCUUUGGUCCCCUUUUCAUCUUCUUAGAAAGUUAAAGGUUAAAGGUGUUUUCGUUACGGUUUGUUAUGGCUCUGCUAAGGGCGACAGGCAUAACAAACGGGAUAAACGAGCACCAAUAGCCUACCUCUAAGAAAGCACAGCAAAGAUGCUACUUUUCAAGAUGACUAGCCUAACUUGUUAAGACAGCUCUAAACUCAUGCUUUCGGGAUCCGUAUGGACUUUGGGGUUGGAGUAAGCGAAGCAGAGAAUCUCUUGGUCACUGUGGACACAGCCGGCGGCUCUUUUUAAGGCCCCCUCACUCAAUUAUCCAUCUUGUACUUUUUUUAGUUCAUCGAACCUCUAACCAAUCUGCUCAUCUGUCAUUAUUUACUUCAUCUGUAACGGUCAUCUCCAGUUGUAGUGCAUACUGUUAUUUAGUUCAUCGUUAAGCUGUUUUCAAGUGGGAAAGUGACCACAUCAUGAUCAGAUCAGUUCAUCGGUAAAAAUGCAAAAAUAUGUUCAACAUCUGUUUUCAACAAAUGGGAAAAUGGACACUGUAGAUGAGCUGAGGGCCGAAAAGAUGUAAGUUGUAGUGUUUGACGUCGCCCUUUUUGCUCUGCUUUGGAUUGAAGUGCUUUUCGUCGCCCUUCUACUCUACUUUGGAUUGUAGUGUUUGACGUCUUUCUUGUUGCGCUUGACUGAGUUCUAAUCCUUGACGUAUUUUUCGACUCCUGGGAAUGCUUUUCAGGCAUCGAAAAGCCUGGUUGCGAAUAACUUAGGGUCCUUCACGAUGAAUUACGUCACUGGCCAUGCACAGGGGACCAUCGUGAAAGAAUCGCAUAUUGUUACGGCUCAGACUUAUUUUUAUAUAUACAUACAGCAAUCGAGGAGAGUGUUUUUUCUAGUUAAGUUGACAAGAUCUGAAGAUUAUUAAAUCCGCCAUCGUCUAAAAAACAAGACAUUUAUUAUAAUUACAUUACAGCUGCUCACUGUCAUUUCUACGACGAUGUGACUUAUAGAUACAACUCACUUGUACGACGAAGUCGAAGUGUACUGAUAAUGUUGGUCUAGUAAGCAGAUUUCGGUUUCAAUCAUCAUAUCUACGAGGACGAGGUAUUUGUUCCCCCCUAUAAAAAUGUCUUUCUUAGAAGCAGGACAAUGGGGAGAAUAAAUACAGGGAACAAAAAGUAGAUUGUUUCGAGCUCUAAUAGCGCGGUGCGUGGAAACGGGGCUAUUGAGCAGUUGCGCCUUAACACAGACCCGGAAAAAGCAUUUACCCUGUUGCAUGUGCCUAUUGGCGCUACGCAGUGUAGUGUCGGCUUCUGCGCGUUGCCGUCAGGAGUCAUGGGUCUAAGUUUCGGACUAUUUCAGGAGAUUCCCAACACUGAAUUUUAAGACUAGAAGAAGUUUAUCACUAUCCCGUCUGGAGUACUCAGUGAGUGGAGUCCCCUGCCUGAGAGUUCAUGUUCUCGAAGGGGAAAAUACUUAAGGGGAACAAGGGGAACUCAAACAAAAUAUUAUGGGAUGAACUUACUCAGACUGAGACUGAAGUGAAAAACUACUAGCGUUAAGAAUUACAGAAUCGGAACCCGUGGUUUGACCAUUUCGCAGCGGACGCACGUAAUCGCGGUCUGGGUGCAAAUUAUCCUUCGGUGUUUUCCUUCGAUUUAACCCACGUGGAUGGCCAUUGGCAAGACAGUCCGCGUAUGAUCAUCAACGCCCUACCUACAAAUUCCAAGGACUUGCUCCGCUUCCCUAUUGCGAGAGGGCUGGAAGAGCCUUCGUCUCAGGAACAUUGGGACGCAUUGCAAGAUCUCUUUGUCUCUUAUAUUUACGGCUUCCGGGAAAGGGAAUCAUGAUCCAUCUUUAGUUACAAACGGGCAAACUGAUUGACUUGUUCAAUCAAGUUGUCGUUUUGUAACAUCUUCAAUAAAAGCAUCUUGGGGCACUCUCUAAGAGGACAAAAAGAGACAGCACAAGAUGACUUUCUCCAAGAUGGAUUCCUCUAGGAAGAUCUAAUAUAUGGACCAGUACCAUCCAAACCUGAGAGAAGAAAUGAAACAAAGUAGUACGCGGCUCACCCUAUGGACACAUGUUGCAGCGGGAACAUUCGAGUCUGCAGUGUUUCCUGCGUUUAUCCAGCACCUACCUCAGCUGCAGCAACAAAAUCCAAAGAAGUAUUCUUGGGCCGCGCUCAGAAGCCAUUUGCGGUUCCAUUCGCCUUAUUGGGCUUUGGAUGUAACCACCAUUCGGAUUGGUGACACCAUCGUUUCGGCAAAAGACGACAGUAACAAUUUGAUUAUGUUGGCUCACCGUAAUUCAUCUUAUAAGAAGCAUCCUCGUCUUUGGUCCCCUUUUGUUUCAGGGAAAAAGAUGCUCUUCACGAUGAGUGGAGGCCAGGUCUAACUUGAAUUACAACGAAAACCUGGACACUGUUAGACACGAACAAGACUGGCGUGCUUGGAAGCAGAAAAGGUAUACUAUGAAAUUGCAGCGACGGCCUUUCGGCUUAUAUGACUGGGACGCGGCAUCAGGGAGGCUGAAACGGAUCGUGCCAGCAUCCGCUGUCUCAGCCAAAAAAAACGAGAAUAUGAGGUACCGAGUCGCCCUAGACUUAAGGCUAGUCCUACUUCUUGAUCACCAUCACUGUAAUUCCAACGAACAUGAAAUUGUGGAGGACUUCAUAGUGCUUAGUGGAGUUCCAUGAUCCCUUGACUUCUUUGAGGGGAAGGAAAAACUAAAUAGGGGCAAACAGGCGAACUCUCCACUCAAAAAUGUCGAGGGAUCAUAGUGAAGAAGACUAGCGCUAAUAGACACUGGAGCUUCGUUGAUUGCGUUGGCUAAGCCGUUGCUUGACCUGUUCGAACGAGAAUUUCAGAAGAGCGGCAACGUCUGCAAGAAUGGACCGCCAGUCGGCUUUCGUGUUGUCCGGGACGAAGGUACUGUUAAGGGUAGGUGAAUAAAGGUGUGCCUGUUACCGUUUCCGUUUGUUUUGCGGCUCCUAAGGGUGAAGGCAAGGCCGAACAAACGGGAAACAGAAACACCAAGACCCUACGUCUAAUACUGGAGAAGAAAAGUGGUACUUCUUGACACCUAAAGACUACUGCUAUUGUGCCGGAGGGAAAGGCCGCCACUUCAAACACUGCUUCGAAGUGGACGAGAAGCCCGACGACCGAGUGGCUUUGCUGAGCUUGCCGUUUUACAAAGCCUUCUACGUUGGCCACGAUUAUCGUAGGAAGGAGGUUCUGCUUCCGAGCUAGGAGAGGGCAGUGCGUUUGCUGUAGGAGAAAAAUGCUCUUCCCGAGCCGAUAUUUAUACAUAGUGGAGUAAAUACUUAUACACAACAUUCAAUCGUGAUAGAAAUCCAUCGACGCUAUCCUCGUCCUCCGUGAUGACUAUUUAUUGUGGUAGGAUCGAUAGUUUUUUGCCCGAAUAUCACAUGGUUGAUGAAGUUGAACAAGAUUCGUGGCAGCCACGAUGCGAUUGUAUCUUCUAUGUAUAUGUUGUAUAAGAGGACCUCACGAUUCGAAGAAGUGUUUCUUCCCUCCUUGAUGUUCAAAGAACUCGACUACAACGGCUGCGUGCGGCGUCAGAUUUUUUUGUGUCAGGAAACGAGAAGCGUCUGGAUUUGUCUGAGUAAGCAACUCCCUCAGUUUCAAACUGAGGGAUGGCAUUUUUGAUGUCUGAUGGAGAUGAUAACUGAGUAAGCAACGGGAGAUCAAUCACCUUAGCAAAAUUAUGGAUGAUGUUUUUUGCAUCUAUCAGACCAGGAU